UCUCUGUGGGAACAUCUAUGCAGCUCCAUAUCUGGUCUGGAAGGCAGAGUAAAAAAGAGCAGACACUGGAAUCCAGAUAAGAAUAAUGUAGAAAAACAACUUGGAGAGUUUCCAUUUGUGUUGCAAAUUGUCAUUUCAUCCAAACUUGGGUUAUGAAGUGCAUAUGAUAUCCGGGUUUCGAGAGGUCUUCUGUUUUGACACAAAUGUAACCUUCAACUGUUGGAUAUUUUUUCACUGACUGAUCUGUGUUAAAAGCAAGCAAGCUGCACAGCAGGGCUCCAGGGCCGCUGGAUUCAGAGACUGACCUUGGACGGACGAUGGAGGGGUACGGUUAUGAGCACUUUGGUGCAGACGGAGCGAGUAAGAGCCAGGAGGUGGAUUAUCGGAGAAUUGUAGGAGACACUCAGCCCCAACGUACCGACAUAUCGCCCGGGGAAGGCGAACAUUAUGUCAGGCAAACCUCACAUGGCCACGGACAUGAAACUGCAGCCCAGCGAUACAGCGCCACACGCAUCCAGGCCGGUCUAGGCCCAGAGAGCAUGGCGGAUUACUUAAUCAGCGGUGGCACGGGAUACGUCCCCGAAGAUGGACUCUCGGCUCAGCAGCUUUUCUCAGUUGGCGAUGGCCUCACGUACAACAGAUCUGACCAACAGUGCGUUGUCUCCGAUGGUCAUACGGCUGAAGAGCUAUGCUCUAAAGGAGAUGGGUUGACUUACAAUGACUUCCUGAUAUUACCCGGCUUCAUCGACUUCACCUCAGACGAAGUGGACCUGACGUCGGCUCUGACCAGGAAGAUCACACUGAAGACCCCUCUCAUCUCCUCCCCCAUGGACACGGUCACAGAGUCGGCUAUGGCUAUUGCUAUGGCGCUUAUGGGAGGCAUCGGCAUCAUUCACCACAACUGCACACCAGAAUUCCAAGCCAAUGAGGUCCGCAAGGUUAAGAGGUUUGAGCAGGGUUUUAUCACAGACCCAGUUGUGAUGAGUCCGCGCCACACAGUUGGGGACGUGUUCGAGGCCAAAGUAAGACACGGCUUCUCUGGUAUUCCUAUCACAGAGACGGGCAAAAUGGGCAGCAAGCUGGUGGGCAUCGUCACCUCCCGAGACAUUGACUUCCUGUCUGAGAAAGACCGCGGCAAACCUCUGGAAGAGGCCAUGACAAAGAGGGAGGAGCUGGUAGUGGCUCCAGCCGGUGUUACCCUAAAAGAAGCCAAUGACAUUCUGCAGCGGAGUAAAAAAGGCAAGCUUCCCAUUGUAAAUAAUAACGACGAGCUGGUGGCCAUUAUUGCCAGGACGGAUCUGAAGAAGAACCGGGACUACCCGCUGGCCUCGAAAGACUCACGCAAACAGCUGCUGUGUGGCGCCGCCAUCGGCACCAGGGACGACGACAAAUACAGACUGGACCUGUUGGUGCAGGCCGGAGUGGAUGUCAUUGUACUGGACUCUUCCCAAGGCAACUCGGUGUAUCAAAUCAACAUGAUCAAUUAUAUUAAGCAGAAGUAUCAAGAAUUGCAAGUGGUGGGAGGAAACGUGGUCACAGCAGCUCAGGCCAAGAACCUGAUCGAUGCUGGUGUCGAUGCUCUGAGAGUCGGCAUGGGCUGCGGCUCCAUCUGCAUCACACAGGAAGUCAUGGCAUGUGGAAGGCCCCAGGGGACCUCGGUGUACAAGGUAGCCGAGUACGCCAGGCGCUUCGGCGUGCCAGUCAUCGCCGACGGCGGCAUUCAGACCGUGGGCCACGUGGUGAAGGCUCUGUCUCUCGGAGCAUCGACCGUGAUGAUGGGCUCGUUGCUUGCGGCAACCACCGAGGCUCCGGGGGAGUACUUCUUCUCAGACGGUGUGCGGCUGAAGAAGUACCGCGGAAUGGGCUCCCUGGACGCUAUGGAGAAGAGCACCAGCAGCCAGAAACGCUAUUUCAGUGAGGGCGACAACGUGAAGGUAGCCCAGGGUGUAUCGGGCUCAGUCCAGGACAAGGGCUCCAUCCACAAGUUUGUACCUUACCUGAUAGCUGGUAUCCAGCAUGGCUGCCAGGACAUCGGGGCAAAGAGUCUUUCUGUCCUUCGUUCCAUGAUGUACUCCGGAGAGCUGAAGUUUGAAAAGAGGACCAUGUCAGCGCAGGUGGAGGGAGGUGUUCAUGGACUCCACUCUUACGAGAAGCGGCUUUACUGAGGCGGGGUGGGGAGGGGUAUGAAGUGCAGCUCAUCGGUGCACGUCUAACAGUGACCAAAAUGUUAAAAUUGCCACUUCUGCUAAAAUACACACCACCCACUACACCCUCUCUGCCCUCUCCUCCGUCGUCUCCACCGUUACUCUCUCUCUCUCUCUCGCUGAUCCCAGACGGCUGCUCUUUGGGAGGAACGAGGCACAAGUAGCGAAGUGAGAAUCCUCAAAUCCGACACCCGACUCCUUCUCUGAACACCUGGGAUUUUUUUGCACUCAACAAGCGGCGCAUUCAGGGUUUUUCGGAGUGACACACCUGUAUCUCGAGUACGCAGCCGACCCCAAUUUAGCAUGCGUGGAUGAACUGUGUGUGCGCGUGCGUGGUGAACCAAGGGUAGCGUGUGCCUGGCUGAGUGAUCGAGUUAAAGAUGUGUCUUUGGGCAACGAAGGUGAAGGCGCACUGUGUUUACUUGUUGAUGUUGGAGGGUGUAAAACGGCCAUGGUGCAAAUCACAUCAGCAUCUUAUCUGGCUUUUUUUGGGGGGGAUCCACGUUUACCAGCACGUCUGAAGCCUCUCACAUCCCAGCUCUUAAACACACCAGUACGUACAGAAAAACCAGACAAAACACUUGUCUCUCUAUGUGAAGUGUAUUGGUGUUUCAUGGCAAUCUUCCUGUUUGUUUUUUUCAUUUUUAGGUCAUUCAAGGUAUAAGCUACUUAAUGAACAGUAGCUGUUUAUAUUUCGGCGCAUAUUGGUUACUCCCCCCCCCCCCGUCUUGUGGAUCCCGAGGUAGGAGAUAUUGGCCGUGCCGAUGUAUCCCGUUGACUUUGUAUCCGUCAGUGUCUCCCUGCAAUCAAUAGACCGAACCCAGACCCGCUUAACAUUUAUGGGUGUUCAUUUUCCCUUCUUACGACAUCUUGACAAAUAAUCAAUGUCCCAUUUCAGUGCGUAGUGUUCAUAUGUUGAGCAUGGAAGGGACCAGAUCAGGUAUGUUGGAAGAAAAAAACAAAACUAAAAUGUAUUGCAUCAAUCAAGAAUAGUUCGAAAUGAGGACUAUUUCUCCCCGCCGUAAUUUGAAUACUUUUAGAUAAAUCAAACUUUAUAUUAAACCUGUAUAGUCUUGGGGGGGGGCUUUGAAUUGCGCAUGAAGUGUUUUGAUAUGCAUGUUUGUUUUUUCACUAAGCCAAACACGGCUGUAUUUAUAUUCUGCAUUAUUGUAAUUGCAUACAUACUGCCAAGUGUCUUUGCGCUUCCUCUUGACACUUUUCUUUUGUAAUUUCGAAAACCAAAAUUGGCGCAAGAAGUUCUCUUGUUACCGAGUCACUUCAUUCCUGGUUCUCUGUUACCAGUUUUGUUUUCUUUCUAGAUCAUGUGUUUCUUUCUACCAGAGGUAUGCCUUGAAACGGGGAUGGAUGAAUGCUACACUCCCUCUCGACCCUUUUUCUUCCUUUUAAAACGGCAUUGCUUGUGUUUAUCAUUCAGCUUAUGUAGGAGUCCACUUUUCUAUUAUUUUCAUACUGGAUGUCCUUUUGGCCAGAUGUAAUUUCUUUUUUUUUUUUUUUUUUUUUAAAUAAAAUUUCCCAGAUUGUAAGAGUUGAGUUGAUUCCUCUAACAUGCUAAUGUAUUUACCCUGCACAGGGUUCAGAUGGCUGAAAAAAAAGCCUUGCAAUUGGACAAAAUUGCAAAAUAAAUGUACAUGAAAAUAUAUGGAGAACUAUAUACCUAUAUCCAGUUUGAAAUGACUGCUGCUUGUAUUCAGUUUCCCAUCUAAAGAGAUAAUUCAGGUUUUUAUUUGAAAUGUCUUAUUUGUAAAGUACUGGGUUCUGUUAGUCCAUCUAAAAAGCACAAAUAUGGUCAUAAAGUGAGAUGUUAGGUUUACAUUUGUUUUUAUUUUUUUGUGCUGCAGUUUUUUAUUAUUUCAGCUUCGGGAUAUCGUGAAGCCGUUGCCAGAACAUCGCAGUAGCUUCUGCAACCAACAACCAAAACAAUAAGCGAAGGGCUUUUUAGAUGGACAGAAAAGACUCGGUAUUCAUGAAAACCAAUUGGGAUGUUUUUGAGGAAUAUCACUUCAGCACAUGUUUACAGUAAAAACACUCAACAGAGGUGUGUUGCUUUUGCUUUCAAUAUGAUAAAACAAGAAUAAAUAAAUCAAACAUGUA